AGACUAUAAAACUAGCACGCGCACGCGCACGCACACGCACCUACCCACCUAAUCUCAUUUAUACAGACUCCUCUAUUUCUUUCUUUCUUUCUUCAAAAUACUCAUUCGAUCAGCCAAAAGGUCUCUGAAAUCUCAUUCUUCUCUACCUCUUCAAAUAUGGGCACUACCCUUUUAGAAGCUCUCAACGUCCGUGUUGUCGGUUCCGGCGACAAAAUUCUUGUUCUAGCCCAUGGAUUCGGCACUGACCAAUCAGCAUGGCAACGCAUUCUGCCCUUUUUCACUCAAAAUUAUAGCAUAAUCCUUUAUGACCUUGUUUGUGCAGGCAGUGUUAAUCCCGAUUACUUUGAUUUUAGAAGGUACACAACUCUCGACGCUUACGUUGAUGACUUGCUCAACAUUCUUGACGCUCUUCGUGUCGAUCGCUGUGCUUAUGUUGGUCACUCUGUUUCCGCCAUGAUUGGUAUUUUAGCCUCCAUUAGACGCCCUGAACUCUUCUCUAAACUCAUCCUCAUCGGUGCUUCUCCAAGAUUCUUGAAUGAUAAAGAUUACCAUGGAGGAUUCGAGCGACCUGAUAUAGAGAAUGUUUUCACUGCAAUGGAAGCGAAUUAUGAGGCAUGGGUCAACGGUUUUGCACCGCUAGCCGUUGGGGCUGAUGUGCCUGCUGCGGUUAGAGAAUUUAGCAGGACCCUUUUCAAUAUGAGGCCAGAUAUUACUUUAUUUGUGUCGAGAACAGUUUUUAAUAGUGAUCUAAGAGGUAUACUAGGCUUAGUCAAGGUACCCUGUUGCAUAAUUCAGACAGCCAAGGAUGUCUCGGUACCAGCAUCGGUGGCAGAAUAUUUGAGAAUCCAUUUGGGUGGCCGGAACACGGUGGAAAUAUUAAGGACAGAGGGUCAUUUGCCACAUUUAAGUGCCCCGGCCUUGUUGGCUCAAGUGCUCCGGCGAGCCCUUUCAAGAUAGAAAAAGAAGUUUUGUUCUUUUUCUUUUCUUUUUUUCUUAUUGCUUUUUCAGGUGUGUGUUAUGCAGUGAAUGUUCGGAGCUAAAAAGUUGGGUCCAAGUAAUUUAAUAAGGGUGGAGAUGUUGACACCUGGAAGAUAAUUUGUGGACAUUAGUCCUUAGACUGGGGAUUAAUAUGUGUCAUUAUAUGAUAUUUUUCAAAAGGAUAAGAUACCCACGUGAUAAUCACGUGUCGGCGCA